GGCAGGAACUUCAAAAAUCAACAUGGCCGCUCUUGGCAGUGGAUUGGCGUAUUUCUUUUUGCCUGCUUACGCGGCUAUUUCUCUCGUCAUAUACUACUUGUCUCUGCGCCGAAAAAAAUCUGAGAAGAAGAAUGGUAAAGCUAAGAAUGUGCUGCUGGUGACAGCCCAUCCAGACGAUGAAUGUAUGUUCUUUUCGCCCACAAUUUUGCAACUGACGAAGGAACCACAUACAGAGUUGCAUCUUUUGUGUUUGUCAACAGGAAAUUAUAACAACCUUGGAGCUGUCAGAGAGAAGGAAUUGAUAGCUAGCUGCAAUAUCCUGGGAAUAGCCAAGUCAGACAAUAUCACUUUGCUAAACGAUGAGAAAUUGCAGGACAACCCUGAUGUCUUUUGGGACUUGGAUGUCGCUGGAGAGCAGAUCCUGAAACAGGUUAAGAAGUAUGACAUCAGUGCGAUCUUCACUUUUGAUGGUGCAGGUGUCUCUGGCCACAAGAACCAUAUAUCAUGCUACACAGCUGUCAGAACCCUCAUGGAGUCUCAUAAGCUACCCAAAGGCAUCAAGUUGUACUUCCUUCAGAGUGUCUCCAUCCUCAGGAAGUACCUGUCUUUCCUUGAUCUACCCUUCAGCAUGCUGCUUCAGAGGCACAUGUUCCUGGCUGGACCGAGAGAUAUUUGGACGGCUCAGCAAGCAAUGCGAGCCCAUGCUAGCCAGUUUGUGUGGUUCCGUGUUCUCUACGUCGUCUUCUCUCGCUUCAUGAUGAUCAAUGGAUAUCACAAGAAGAGUGUGCAUUAGUGGCUGGAAUAUUCACAUUGGCAAAACCGUGUCCGCAGAGCUGGAAACUUGUGUGAAACAUGUUCAGUACUUAAUAGAUUAACAGUGUCUUAGGGGUGCUUUCGGAAUACAAUAUUCCAACCCUUCCCCUCUGAAACCAUCCAAAUCUAGCACCUUGGACCAAUUUCAUAGAACUGAUUAGCACAGAAUGUUGCUAAGCCUGGUUUGUACUUUCAUUAACUUUCACCUCUGUGACCAGGGUUUGAUUCCUACCCAGGCUACCAAUACGGUUUUUGUAGUCCCUGACUGAGGUUUCCUCAGAAUAUAUUUUCCUGAGGUUUCCUUUGACCUCUAAAGCAACAUUUCUUCAUCGUCUUCUCUCUGCCGGUCAGUUAGUACUUUUAAGCUUACUGUGCUAUUAAUAAUAGACCUAUAGCCGUGUUUCCAUUAAGACUUUUUGGAAAACUUACCACAACUUUCCUGUAGAAUAUAAAAUUAAAUCUAAUGGGAACAUUGGGUAAACUAACGUCCCUGUCAACUUACCGUGAUCGCGAUGUAAAACUAACAGGCCAAAAAGGGUCGCGGAAGAUUUCUGCGCAGCCACAGUUAGUUAGCAUGGGUGCAAAAAAGUCCAAUGGAAACAGUUCCCAUACAAUGUACAUGCAGAUUGACUGCAACCACGCUGAACAUACCAACCAGACUACUGCCUACAUAGAGAUUGAUAGCAGGUACGUGAAAAUGGUUGCAGAUUUGGCAGCAUUCGCCUGAUUUUGUCAUUGUUUUGUCAGAUUUUGCCGACUUGGUCAUGAUUUGUAAAGCGCAGGCAAUGUAAUCAGCUGGUCUUAUUAUUAGGUCUAACACGGCGAAUAAACAUUCCGUCACGGUUAAAAAAUGUCCACGUGGGAAUGCGUGGUAGAUUGACAUGAAGGAAUGUCGCAGCAAGUUUCCGCAUGCCCGCCGAAGAAAACGUCCAAUGAGAACACAGCAUAAGACAUAAUGAUGUCACACUCUGUUUACUUGUAUGCUUUCCAAUGGCAGUGAGAUGGGACUCAAUACGCAGAGCCCCGCAUUGAAAAGUGUACACAAAAAUAAAAUUAUGUUUAAGGUCCAUUCAGUUUCAUUACCAGGGACGGAACAGCAAAAUUAGACUGGCUCUCUGGUCUCUUUUGCUCAGCGCAGAAAUCUGCCAAUUUGUCAAGCGACAUUUUGUGCUUGGUGGCUCUGUGCAAUUGGGCCCAGCAUUUCUCUGCUACAUUUGGGUGGAUUUGGGAAUGCCCACCUAAGCCACUUUUAUUGUGCAUUUAACAAUUCACUGCUCUGACAUGGGACAUGAUGUUUUUAACACCCAAGGGACUGAGAGCACCAAGGCAAAAUCGAGGGAGCUGUACGUCACCAAUGGUGUUAAAACAUCACAUACCAUAUCACACCUGUAAAUAAUUGUUUUAUCAUACCUCUGUGUUGAAUUCUUUGAAAUGCUCAAAUUUUUGAUCUCAAAUUCAAUUGAAAUGAGUAAUUCAGUCCGUUGCUGCACAGAAAGUUGUACAACAGGUGCAGACUAGUUGCUUCACUGAUUAGUUCAGUUGUGUUGGUCACACGUCUUGCUUUAAUUGCAAUAUAUUUAUAUCUUGAAAACCAUUAUGGGAGGAAAAUCUGCAUAUGCCCUGAAGCUUGUGCAAACAACCUUCAAACAAUCGUUAACCUUUGACAAAAACUUUCACUGUUCCGACAACUGAUCGCAUUGCAUACCAGUUUACUGCUCCUUCAAGAGUUUACUAUUACUACCUGUGUAGUCACCAGUGAAAGUAACAGAGGUACCAAGGAAUAGGCGUCCCUGUUCAACGUCCCCAGAUUAUGGUUUUAACUGUGUGUGUGGGGGGGGAGGACUAGUCUCUGAUGUCACUAUUGUACAUCACCGAUGUGUGAUUUGUGACAGUGAGGGUGACAUGCAUUUUUAUUGCCCAGUCACGAUUGCCCUGGACCAGUGAAAAUGUAGUAUUCAAGACAGAGUUAUAACAAUGGCUUUUAAAGCCCAUAAACACAUAAGAUGUGACAUUUAGUAGAUUGACCAUUCCAAGCAAAAUGCCUCCAAGUUAUAUGUUUUUUGUUGGCCAAAAUGGAUGAAUUAUUGACAUCUUUCAGCAAAAUACUCCAGUAAAUGUAGCUGUAUUUUUGCUCUUAGGUGGGCACAAGAAAACUAAUGUAAAGUUUGUUUGAAUAGCUUUGAUAAAUGUAGACUGAGAUGUAUACCAUUCACUCCAAGUGUUGCUUUGCCAAUGGAAUGCUGUUUAUUUUUUUGUCUGUUUGUCGGAUGUAGCUUAAUGGUGCCAUUUAGUGGGAUUCAUUUAUUAGCCUCAUUUUCUUGCUGUGGCAUUUUAUUAAGUAACAUUUAUAUGUAAAUUUUCUGCCACAAAGGGGGACUUUUCUAAUUAUGUUUGUGUGUCUCAUAGUUUAUUUUGAAAUACAAUUUACAAUCACAUAUGUCAUAAAUGAUAUUUUUUCCUGUGGUUUGGUGCUGACUUUUAAGUUGAUUGAUUCAGUUGUUAAGACAGUGUAGUUGAUUUUGUCUUCACGUUAAAGAGUGUAGGGAGUUGCAUGGAUGUGUUUAAAUAUGCAGAAUAUGAACUCUUUUUCAAAACUCGGCUUUAUCUUUGACUUGUAUUCAUCUCUGGCUCCA